UGCUCCCCUCGCCGGGCCCCGCGCCGCUCGCUCCGCACGCCCUCCCGCGCCCACCAUGGCCACCGUUCAGCAGCUCGUAGGAAGAUGGCGAUUGGUAAGCAGCACCGGCUUCGACGAAUACAUGAAGGAGCUAGGUGUCGGAAUGGCUCUGCGCAAAAUGGGUGCAAUGGCCAAACCAGAUUGUGUCAUCAGUGUUGAUGGCAAUCACAUCACUGUCAAAACUGAGAGCACUUUGAAAACAACACAGUUUUCAUGUGAUCUGGGAGAAAAGUUUGAAGAAACUACAGCUGAUGGCAGAAAAACUCAAACUGUCUGCAACUUUACGGAUGGUGCAUUGGUUCAACAUCAGGAAUGGGAUGGGAAGGAAAGCACAAUAACAAGAAAACUUGACGAUGGGAAAUUAGUGGUGGAAUGCGUCAUGAACAAUGUCACCUGUACCCGGGUCUAUGAAAAAGUAGAAUAAAAGGUUGUAUCAUCACUUUGGACAGGAAUUAGCUUCAGUGAUGAACAAGCUCAGUUCAAUGAGCAAAUCUCCCUACUGCUGGUUUUUGUUUUUUUUUUUUUCAUUUCUGUGUUCAAUUUUCCUUAUCACAAAUAUUUUACAUGUAACUAUUUCAAAGUAUUGGUUUCAUUAGGCUUAUCCCUUUGGUUAGUAAAUAAAAUGUGUUUGUGCUA